CGCUAUAAACCCAGGGCCUCUGGUGGUGUGACGGUGGGGGAGGGCAAUGUGUCCCUCUGUCCUGGCCGCCCUUCGUCCUUCUGCGAGAACAUCCCUCCGCAACUUUUUCUCUUGGGCAUAAGCCCUCUUUGGGAGGAGAGCCCGCCCGUGAUCUGGACGCUGGGAAUCCAGGCGGGGGUAAGUGCCUGCAGGACGCCCCCUACCAUGGUGCCCAGGCUUCCCCUGUUCCUGCUGGCGCUGCUCUUCCGCUGCUGUCCGGGCCACAGCAGCCUCACCGGUGCGCCCCGUGUCUACCUAACCUACAAAGAACUUCUGGAGACUCGCACUGCCCGUCCCUUCAGUUUCACCUUCAACACAAGUGAUUAUCGCAUCCUUUUGGUGGACCAAGACCAGGAGCGGCUCUACUUAGGGGCACGGGAUUUCCUGGUGGCCUUGGAUCUUCACAAUAUCAACAAGGAGCCACUCAUUAUCCAUUGGCCUGCAUUACCAAACCACCAGAACGAGUGCCGUUUGGCAGGUAAAGGUCAACAGGGUGAAUGUUUCAACUACAUACGGCUGAUGGAGCCCCUGAACCGCACUCACCUCUACGCUUGUGGAACAGGGGCCUACCAUCCCGUCUGCGCCCUCAUCAAUCGUGGCUGGCGCUCUGAAGAAUACCUUUUCCGCAUGGUCCCUCGUUCCCUGGAGCCAGGAAAGGGGAAGUGCCCUUAUGACCCACGGCAGCACAGCAUGGCUGUUCUUGUCAAUAACACACUGUAUGCGGGAGUGCAUGUGGAUUUCAUGGGUACUGACGCCGCCCUGUUCCGUACCAUGGGGCCUCGCCCAGCUGUGCGCACGGAGCAACAUGAUUCCCGCUGGCUUUAUGACCCUGUUUUCCUCCAAGCCCACAUCAUUCCCGACAGCUCCGACCACAACGAUGACAAACUGUACUUCUUUUUCCGGGAGAAAGCCCUUGAGGGUGCCGUGGGGCCUGCUGUGCUCGCUCGGGUGGGACGGGUUUGCUUGAAUGACGAUGGGGGACAGCGCUCGCUGGUGAACAAGUGGACAACGUUUCUCAAAGCUCGCCUGGUUUGCUCUGUGCUUGGAGAUGAUGGCGUGGAGACCUUCUUUGAUGAACUCCGUGAUGUUCUCUUACUGCCGACUCAGGAUGAGAAGCAUCCAUUGGUUUAUGGAGUUUUUUCCACCUUGGGGUCAGUCUUCCGCGGUUCAGCCGUCUGUGUUUACUCCAUGGCCGACAUACGCACAGUCUUCAAUGGGCCCUUUGCCCACAAAGAGGGGCACAACUACCAGUGGGGCCCGUACACCGGACGCGUGCCUUACCCUCGCCCUGGAGCUUGCCCGGGAGGGACUUUCACCCCAGGGCUUCGUUCCACGCGGGAGUUUUCGGAUGACCUGGUGUCCUUUGUCCGCGCCCACCCAUUGAUGUACAAUGCUGUUUAUCCACUGCAACGCCGCCCCCUGCUGGUGAGGACCAAUGUACCCUACAGCUUCACCACACUGGCUGUUGACCUGGUGGAUGCCGUGGAUGGGCGCUAUGAGGUCCUCUUUCUUGGCACGGACCAGGGCACUGUCCAGAAGGUGAUUGUGCUGCCCAAGGAGCCUGGGGUCUUGGAAGAACUCACCCUGGAGGAGGUGGAGGCGUUCAGGGUUCCAGCUCCAGUGAAGACCCUCUGGAUAUCUUCUAAACGGCAACAGCUGUACGUCUCUUCCGAUGUGGGGGUUUCCCAGCUGAGUCUGCAUCGGUGCCGUGAAUAUGGGGAAGCCUGCGCUGACUGCUGCCUAGCCCGGGACCCCUAUUGUGCUUGGGAUGGGCAACGUUGCACCCGCUACAGCCACACGGCCAAAAGGAGGAGCCGUCGCCAGGAUAUCAAGCACGGUGACCCCCUGAGGCAGUGCAGAGGGUUCAAUGCCAAAGUAGAGCAGCAAUUACGCGAACAGAUUCAGUAUGGGCUAGAAGGAGGGAGCGUGUUUCUUGAGUGUGAACCAAAAUCUCCUCAUGCAUCCAUCAAGUGGCUUGUGCAAACCGAUGAUUCUGACAAGCGCAAAGUGUUGCCCCGGGAUCGUGUCCUGCUGCGAACACCCCAGGGUGUACUUUUAGGCCCGGUGACACCUGCGGAUGGUGGGCUGUACCAGUGUGUAGGCACAGAGAACCGAUUCCGCCACACACUUCGCCGCCUUCGUUUGCACAUACUUCCACGGGCUUUGCUUGAAGGGGCCAUAAACCAGGAGGAGCCUCCUGCCCUUGGGAUCUGCGAGAGCUACUUGCGGCAGCUCAGCAGAGGCCAGGACACACGGCGUGGUCGGAGUGGCCGUCAGUCUCAUGCCUCACCGACCUUGUGGGACUCUGAACAACAGGCUGACUGGUCCAGAGUCAUCCAGCAGUCUCUGAACUGGACCACGAGUCCUCCGUUCUACUCCCACAGCAGCAGCAGCAGCAGCAGCCGGCGCCAUCACCACCACCACCAGCACCGCUCUAAGCCAUGGACAGGCCACCGCUCCCCACCACGAAGCUGAGUGGAAGGGAAGGGAAGGGAAGGGGGGGCAGGGGAGAAAAGGCCACGACCUUUGGCAUGAGAGAAUGACAUUCCAAUGGACUCCUUCUAGGAGCUGAGUGGAUUGAGAGAUGGGGAAAACCUCUCCCCGCACCCUCGAGAGGGGACAACACUGUCGCUAACAGGGUGUGUUGUGCUGUGUGUCCAGGCUAAUUCCAGGGUUUUGCAGGACCAGAGCUCACUGGCUCUUUCCAGAGAUGUAAAUAUGACCAGUGCUGAUUCCAUGAGCUUUGGUUUUAGAAUUUGUUUUUUACCGUGCUCAUUCUCAACCCACCCCCACCAUGCCAGGAAAAUUGUGGUGGUGGUGUUUCCUUCAACAUUAACCCCAUUAUUUUAUUAACGCUCGGUUGCAGGAGCAGACUGCAGAGAAUAAAAGUGCCAAUUUACUUUCUAAACAAAAUGGAAAAGGACCAUGGUUAGUUUGUGACAGGAGAACAUUUCCAUGCACUGUUAUCCUAGUAUUAUAUAGUAAAAGCUGCAGGACAUGAUCCUGGUUUGGAUCAAAGUCCUAUUGAAAAUGGUAGUGAAAAACAGUCAGUCCAGGUGUUAUUAACGGACUCUAGUUCAGGCUAACUUGAAUCGUGGCUAUAACAGGAGACAUUAAACUGAAGUCUUGCUUCAGUAGAAAUAAUGAGACUACCCCCCCUCUUUUGAGGGUGUGGGUAGGAAAAUGAAAAGAAGGAUGUGACUUUUUUUUUGGACUCCUCAGAAUUCACCAGGCAGAAUUCUUGGGAGUUCCAGCUUGCAAACCCAUACCAACAGAUACCUACAUUUCAUUCACCUGGAGAAGGGUCUAAGUCCAAAGAUGCUUCACAGUAGUAGUAAUCUUGCUGCCCUUAAACCUCUAUAGAGGGCCCCUCCUAGACACCUAUCACUCCCACAAAGUUAUGGAGUACUUUUUUCUUUUCUUUUGGUAAACUCACAACAGGAAGCAAGUCUGGAGCCAGGUUGUGCAGCCUUGGAACUAAGCCCUUCUCGAGAGGAGUAAAAUAAAGGUGUCUGUGGGUGUACAUAUAUGGGCUGAACUCUGGAAGUUGGGAAUUGAAGAGAACCCCAAAUGAGACCUCCCUAUAAAGAAAUAUGGUCAAGGAGCUCUGUCAACAGAGUUAUAGACUGGAACUUGUGACUGCAGUUCAGCUGGAGAUGCACAGCACAAUUACUGAAACUGGCCUGGUGGUUACAGUCAUGACGUCUAAAGGUUGAGGCUACCUGUGGUAGAAAAAUUUAUUUCCCUUGCCUAUUGAAAAUGAUACCUGCCUUUCCCGUCAUCCAGUGCUGGCAUAAAAAACAUUCUGGCACCUGUAAUUCCUUUUGUUGGCAGGCCCUGGUUUCCAACGUCUUUAAGAAUUUGUGUUUUCCUGAGGCCACUGAAGCAUAGGCUAUCACCACAGCUUAAAUGCAUGAAUUCCAUAUGUUGAUCACAGUAGUAAAAAGGCUUCAGAAGCAUAUCAGAGAGGUGUGUACUACUUCACAUUUGAAUUGAAAAAAUGGAUAGCAUCUGGAGAAGUUGGUCACUCCUUAUCCACUCCUAGCAGCCAUUGCUUUCUAAAAAUGUUACACAGUACAAAUAUAUACAUACUAUCAUGCUCCUUUCUACUGUGAAAACUGUUGAUUAGCUCCCACUGUUUUUUCCUGUUUUACUCCCAGUAACAGAUGCCUGGGAAGACACCAUCUAUCCCUUACCAUUGCAAGUGUUUUAACCUUUGGUAAGAAUGGCCACAUCAAGUAUACAGUACAGUGGUGCCUCGCAUAGCGAUCACUCCAUAUAGUGAUGAAAUCGCUUUGCGAUGGACUU